GGCGCCACAGCCUGGCCGUGCUGGUCACAGCCGUCACCCACGAAGACGGGACCCAUCACUUCAUCAUUGUCACCAAGCUGGAUGACGUUCAGAUCACGUACUACAGCAGCGACACGCGAGAGCUCAGAGCCACCCAGGAGUGGGCAGAACAGGCCCUGGGCGCUGAGUAUCUCCAGGAAAAGACUCAGAAGUUCUGGACAUAUGACAAGGACUCUAAAGGAGGUAUCAGGAGGUGGAUGCAGCUGUACAACCAGACAGGCGGGAUUCACACUGCACAGGCUCAUGUGGGCUGUUCCCUGAGUGACCAGGCCCCCGUGGACCCGAGGUUCCAGUACGCCUUCGACGGGAGGGACUUCAUCAGCUUUGACAACCAGACGGGGACGUGGGUCGCAGCCGUGCAGCCGGCCUUCCUCCAGAAGCAGCGCUGGGAGACGGUCAAGACUUGGACUCAGUACGUCCAGAGGUACCUGCAGUAUGAGUGUCUGGAGACCCUGCGGCGCCUGGUGCAGCGGGCAAUGGGGACUCACACACUGUCUCCCCCGCCCCCAGUGCCCCCUGAGGUCUCGGUUUCCCGCAGAGACGCCCCCGACAGCUCCGUCACCCUCUCCUGCCGCGCCAGGGGCUUUUACCCGCGUCCCAUCCAUGUCUCCUGGGUGCGGGAUGGAGAAGACAUCCUGGCGGAGACAGACUCCAGCGGGAUCCUACCCAACACUGAUGGCACCUACUACAUGCAGUCGUCCCUGGAGAUCUCCCCGCAGCAGGACGGGCACCGCUACGCCUGCCGAGUGAAACACAGCAGCCUGGGGGAGCCCACGCUCAUCUGGGAAACGGCCGAUCCCUCAGUGAAUUUCAUUAAGUUUCUGGCCGUGGCUUCAUCCAGUGACAGUUCUGUUGAAGCGCUCGACAAGCCCGUCCGUCUGCGGGUGAUCCACGGAUGCCUGCAGCUUCUCAGUGCCCAGCAGCGUACGCACCUGGCGGAACAGCCGGGAGGGGAAGUUGGUGCCUUGAUCAGUGAGAAGUUCCCGGGGAAGCCCAGCACCAGCGAAGAUCUUCACCAGUCCCGGCGCUGUGCUGCCCCUGGGAAGAAGGGCCCCCUGCACCCCGGGGUCCUGGCCGCCAUCGUCCUGGCCGGGCUGGUUCUGGCUGGAGCCGUAGGGGCCGGCAUCAUCCUGUGGAGGAGAAAAUCAGCAGGCCCCUACGUUCCGGCAGCCAGUGAGUAA